GAGAGCUAGAUCUACGAUAUAUUACUUCAAGAGAUAGGCUUGUAGCUUAGAUUUUACGCAAUUAAUGUACUUCUUGAUUUCUGCUCAUUCUUUCUUUUUUUAAUUUUUUCUCUUAUGCAGAGAAACCAAAUAUGGUAGUUGAUUCUAUGGUGCCUUAUCUCUUCCAAUUGAAUUCUGUUGCUUUUCCCGCUCUAAUUGCAAGUUGACAUCUCUUAGCACGUUGUUUUCUUCUUUUUAUUCAUGUAUUUAUUCUCAACAGUUCGCUUGAUUGCUAAAAAACCAUCUGUUAUGCUUUUGAUGCAAUUUUGCUGCCAAGUGUUGACACCCAUUGGGCAUAUUCUGCAUAUAUAUUCCUUACCAAAAUCAAAAUCAACGAAACAGCUUUUUGGCGGGCAGGGAACAGUAUUAAUAGCAACCACAUAGGCGCUACAGGAGAUAGCAGACGACGAAAAGAAGCAAUGAACUGUCAUUUAGAACACGGGGCUAGAGAGAGAGAGACAUUUGCUUUAACUUGAGAAGAAGCAGAGUCCCCUUUAGUGAGUGGACCUACAUUGGUCAAGUCAGGGCUUUCACCUGCUGCAAGGUGUUUCCUGAACUUGGACCAGAUUACUCUGCCUUCAAAGACCCCGGUCCUUUAUCAUAUGUUAAGCCUAUCCGGGCCCCUUGUUCUGAGCCAUUUCCUUUACCAAUUGAUUGGACUAUGCUACUUCCGUAGUUUUGAAUAAGGAAGCACUUUGAUCGAAAUGUCAAACGACGUUCUGUUUUUUUUCUCCUUUUUCUUUCAGAAGUCCCAUAACUGAAUGAAAAGGUGCCAUAAAUGAUGCAUGGUGGCUGAAUUCUGUUUUUUAGAUUCUGCUACCCCAGAGUUAAAACUGUUGUCCCAGGUUAUCUUGGUGUCUUCUGAGGUUGGGAAUGGAAGUCCUUCGGUGUGAGAAGGACGGUAUAGUUGCGUCAUCCACUUCAGCUUCAAGUGUUGCAGUUGCUGUCAAUGGAAGCAGGAACAGCUUGUCUGCACUCUUCUGGGCAUUAAAAAAGUUCGUCCCUGAGGGAAAAACUUCUUUCAAACUCAUAUAUGUUCGUCCGAGAAUCACGACAAUCCCUACGCCAAUGGGCAAUUCUAUUCCUGUUUCAAAUGUUAGAGAAGAAGUGGUUGCUGCAUAUAGAAAAGAAAUAGAAUGGGAGACGAACACAAAGCUCCUUCCUUUCAAGCAAAUGUGUGCUCAAAAACCAGUGGCAGUAGAGACCAAUGUGAUUGAGGCAGACGAUAUAGCAGAGGCCAUAUCAGAAGAAAUUGCUAAAUCUGAAAUCCAUAUACUCGCUCUUGGAUCAUCAUCUAGAAGCAUAUUUUCUAGGAAACUCCGAAAUCAAGAUGUAUCCAAGAGAGUAUCUGGCUGUGUUCCAAACUUCUGUACGGUGUAUGUUAUUUCAAAGGGGAAAGUGUCAUCCAUCCAUCCAGCAAGUUUGGAGGACAAAAACUCCACAGAUGUAAAGGAUGACGGUUUAAGCUCAAAGACAGAAUCAAGUGGAGAAAUCUCAUCCAUUGAGGAUGUCCAGUCACAUUAUCCUUCUCUCUUGGAUCAGCGUGAUCAUGCCAUUUCAGCAGUAAACUGCAUUGGCAGAAGGCUACAUCCAGGUGAUAUUGAGCCUUCGCAGGGUUCACCUCCAGUCCACAGUGAGGAAUUUGCAUUUAUUGAUCCUGGAUGUGCAUCCAUAAAUAGUCUUACUGCAAUUUCAACAAGUGAGGAAAGCUUUGAGUCAGAGACUGACUUCUGGAUCUUUGACCGGGCCUUUAAAUCAGAUAUUCGAGCUGUUGCCUCUACAGAACCGGUGAUUGAGAUCAAUAAUGUCAAGAUGCAUGAAGCAAAUGAGAUCAAAGAAAUGAGCUCAAAGGAAGAAAUAGCAAUAAGACAUGCAAAAGACAAAAAGGAGAAGCAUGAAGCUACUGAUUUAGAAGCUAAAUUUGCAAAAAAUGAACACGUAUGGGGAGAAGGGGCCAAGAAUAUGGCAGCAAAUGAAGUGAAGGAGAAACAUGUGCUGGAAAAGCCACUGGAGAAAUUGGAUCAGAAAUACAAGAAAUUUCCGUGGGAAGAAAUAGUGUCUGCUAGCUCAUCAUUCUCUGAGUCACUCAGAAUCGGAUCUGGUGCAUAUGGAACUGUGUACAGAUGCAAAUUUCAUCAUGUCAUGGCCGCUGUUAAAGUCCUCCAGAUAAAUGAUGGAUGCAAGACCAAGCAUUUCCAGCAAGAGCUGGAAGUACUCAGCGAAAUCCGUCAUCCCCAUCUUCUAAUGCUGCUUGGUGCAUGCCCUGAUCAUGGUUGUUUGGUCUAUGAGUUCAUGCAAAAUGGAAGCUUGCACGACAGGUUGUUAAGAAAGAACAAUACCCCACCGUUGCCUUGGUUUGAUCGCUUCCGGAUAGCUUGGGAGGUAGCUUCAGCGUUGUUUUUUCUGCAUAACUUGAAGCCAAAGCCAAUAAUCCAUUGUGAUCUGAAACCUGCCAACAUCUUGCUUGACCAUAAUCUUGUAAGCAAGAUUAGUGAUGUUGGUCUGACGACGUUACUUCCAAAAGAUCAUGCUACUUCAGUAUUCAAGAACACAGCUCUUGCUGCUACAUUCUGCUAUAUUGAUCCUGAGUAUCAAAGGACUGGCUUAAUGUCACCAAAGUCGGAUACAUAUGCACUUGGCUUGGUUAUCCUGCAACUGCUGACUGCUAAACCUCCAAUGGCUCUUGCUCACUUGGUAGGAACAGCAGUUCUGGAAAAUAAGUUGCAAAAUGUUUUGGACUAUUCAGCAGGUGAAUGGCCUACUCAAGAAGCAGAAGAAUUAGCAAAUUUAGGUUUGAGCUGUGUGGAAUUAAGACGCUGUGAUAGGCCAGAUCUAAAGGACGAUGUUCUUCCAAUGCUUGAGAGAUUGAAAGAGGUUUCAGAACUUGCACAUGCUUCUAUAUCCAAGAGCAAAAUGUCACCAUCAAGCCACUUCCGUUUCCCAAUUCUUAAGGAUGUGAAGCAAGACCCUAGUGUUGCAGCUGAUGGCUACACAUACGAGCGAAGAGGGAUAGAAAGAUGGCUGGGCAUGAAUGACAGGUCACCAAUGACAGAACUACCACUGCCCAGCAGAGCCCUUGUCCCUAAUUACACACAUUCAGCAGCAAUUGCUGAUUGGAGGUCCAAGGGUCUGUGAGUUUCACCAUAUGCUUUCACGGGUAGCAGAUGAUGUGGUUCAGCCUGUCUCAAGGAUCUUACGCUACCAUUCUACCUGGAGCAACUGCCUGCUAAAAACAGAAGUUUACUGGUUUCUUUUCUAAAAUUUGAAGGCUUUCUUGGAAUUAGGAGGGCCAUGGUUACUUCAGAUUUUGGCAUGCGUGCAAAUUUGGAAAGGAAAAACACGCUCUGUACUGGAUUUCUUCUUAAAACGGUGUCAGGUCUGCCUAUUUAUUGGUCCAUCUUCAAGUCAAUCCCUGUCGGUGUUGACUCGAGUAUCUCAUCUCUCACUAAAACCUCGGCUGAGGAUUGGUUUUGGCAUUGAAACAGGUUUUCUUAACCUAGUUUUGAUGGUAGGUCUAGGUUGCCGACAUGGUUUUAUCAUCAUCUAAGCAAGCCAAUAGUUGUUUAAGAGUUUUAGCUUCUUGUUUGUCAGAUCAUAGCUGGCUAGGAUCUACUCUUCCUCUGCCAUGUAAAAUCGUUGUACCUAACUGGUGCUACAGAAAAGGAAAAAGAAAAACUGUGUG